UAAAGGAGCUCUUCCUUGUUCUAGCUUUUACUCCGAUCUUUGACCACUCAGCUCUCCAAAGCCGUUUAGACUGUUUGGUAAAAGAAAACAUAACCAAAGCUCACAGCCACAGAAAAAGAUGAAUUUCCUUGUGGAGUUAGUCCUGCUUCUGCCCUUACUGUUCAUUUUCUAUUUAGAAUCUUUUGUCAAGCUUUUUAUUCCUAAAAAAAGAAAAUCAGUCACCGGAGAAAUCGUCCUGAUUACCGGAGCUGGACAUGGAAUUGGGAGGCUGACUGCCUAUGAAUUUGCCAAACUUAAAAGCAAACUGGUUCUCUGGGAUAUCAAUAAGUAUGGCAUAGAGGAAACGGCAGCUGAAUGCAGAAAACUGGGUGCCCAGGCUCAUUCCUUUGUAGUAGACUGCAGUAACCGAGAAGAUGUUUACAACUCUGCAAAGAAGGUGAAGACAGAAAUUGGAGAUAUUAGUAUUUUAGUAAAUAAUGCUGGUGUAGUCUACACAUCAGAUUUGUUUUCUACACAAGACCCUCAAAUUGAAAAGACCUUUGCAGUCAAUACACUUGCACAUUUUUGGACUACAAAGGCAUUUCUCCCAUCGAUGAUGAAGAAUAAUCAUGGUCACAUUGUCACUGUGGCUUCAGCAGCUGGGCUAGUUGGGGUUCCCUUCUUACUGGCUUAUUGUUCAAGUAAAUUUGCUGCUGUUGGAUUUCAUGGAGCUUUGACUGAAGAACUGAAUGCCUUUGAAAAAAAUGGAAUCAAAACAACCUGUCUUUGUCCUAAUUUCAUAAACACUGGCUUCAUCAAAAAUCCAAGCAGCAAUUUAGGACCCACCCUGGAACCUGAGGAAGUGGUAGACAAGCUAAUGAAUGGGAUCCUGACUGAGAAAAGGAUGAUUUUGGUUCCCUCCUCUCUAAACUUUUUACUUAUCUUGGAAAAGUUCUUACCUCAACGUUUCCGGGAAAUUUUAAAAAAAAGAGUAAAAAUUAAGUUUGAUGCAGUUAUUGGAUAUAAAGUAAAAGAACAAUAAGAACCUGAUUUUCUUAAAAACUUAUUUACCAGGUUUCAGUUGAUUUCAUCUAAUAAUAAUAAAAACUUUAAUAUUUUAAAUCAUUUUCCCUUAUUAUCCUAUUUUCCUCAAUAUCACCUUUGGGGGCCAUGCCAUACUGGCUUAUUACCACUUGUUCUGUAGGUAAAAGCUAACUUCAUGGAAUACAGACAUAGAUCUUAAAAGUUGACCUUAUGGAAAAUGAGGAGAAAAGAACAAAAGCAAUUUCAUCACAAUAAUUUCUCAGAUUUUGUGACUCAUCUACAGGUUUUCAAAAUUUGUACUAUAAAUGUUUAAGAUAUCAUAUUUUUAAUUGCAUUACAUUUUAUAUAACUGGCAUAUAUCCUUUUCUAUUCUGUAUAAAAUCAUAAUUUCAAACUCCAGAUAUAAUGAAGGGUUACAUGUCUAGUAGCAUUUCACAGUGAAUUUUGUGAUCUUUCAAGUGUUGCAUCCUACAUGUUACCACUAUUUCCUGAGACAUGCUUCACAUUUUGAAGUCAAACAUUUCAGCAUAAAGAAACUAGAGAUGGAUACGUGUUACAAAUUUAAAAGCAUCACCGGGAUUUAAGGCAGAGAAUUGGGAGAAUGUACUUAUAAAUGCAACAAUAAUAAAUUGGGCCAAAUAUCAA